CUCGUCUGUUGGUUUACACGACCGAUAAAAGGUACCUUUUGAGAUACAGACAACCUGGGAGGGGUUGGAGCAAAGAAGAAGAAGAAAGUAAUUAACAGGCAGUGAGUUUCCAACGACGGGAAUAUACCCUCAAGAUGUCUGCCUUGUUCAACUUUCAAUCACUUCUGCUCGUGUUCUUGCUUAUCAUCUGCACGAGCACAUAUGCGCACUCGAUGAUGCCUGGGAUUAUGGACCGCAAUCAGAGCGGCUUCUUCGGGAUCUUUUGGAAGUGUGCUCGAAUCGGUGAACGGUUGAGCCCGUAUGUCAGUAUAUGCUGUGUCGUGAUGGCUGUCUCGAUCUUCUUCGGCGGCUGAUCGACUCGCCCCAACUCCUUGCGGUCUCAGAUUAGAUGGUCAUUCUACCAGGUGGUGGCGUUACUGAAGCUUCUCUUUUCGCAUCUUCUUUCCUUGCAGGGGUCUCUCAUGAUUAUUGAUCUGUAUAUCGUACAUAAAUUCUACACUAUCAG